GACUGAUUUAGAUUCUCUCCGACGUUAUCCACUUCUCUUAGCUCCCAUCAAUGGCGGAUCGGUAGCUUUUCCUCGAAAGAUGAAUCGAAUCUCAGCUACUUCGUCUCUUUCGACUCAUCUCCCUCUCCUCCCUUCCUCCUGCUCCGUUCCGACGCGACGACGAAGCAGAGGUAAUCACCACUACUCCUCCAGGCGUGUCAACCUCAAGCCGCUAACCUCUCGAAUCGUGCUCCUCAAGCGGCGUCGCCAGCUGGAUCAGAUCGUGGAGGAGGUGGAAGCGGCUAAGAAACGGUAUGGGAGGUUGAAUACGAUCGUGAUGAACUCCGUUUUGGAAGGUUGCGUUCAUUGCGGAGAUGUGGAUUUGGCUCUCCGGAUGUUUCGUGAGAUGGUGGAGCCUGGUGGAUGUGGCGUUGAUUCCAUCACUUACGCCAUUAUCUUGAAGGGAUUGGGAAAGGUUAGGAGGAUUGAUGAAGCGUUUCAGAUUAUGGAGUCUAUAGAGCAGGGAAGUGCUCCUGGGAAUCCCAAGUUGUCAUCGUCUCUUGUUUAUGGUUUGCUUGAUGCUUUGAUCAGUGCCGGAGAUUUACGGCGUGCCAAUGGUCUGCUUGCACGAUAUGGAACUUUACUCUUAGAGCAUGGCGGCCCGUCAAUUCUCGUCUAUAACUUGUUGAUGAAGGGGUAUGUCAACUCAGGAUCUCCACAAGCAGCAGUGAUUUUACUGGAUGAAAUGUUACGCCUUGGAUUGGAGCCUGAUAGGCCUACCUACAAUACUUUGAUCCAUGCCUGUAUCAAAUGUGGCGAUUUGGAUGCCGCUAUGAAGUUCUUGAAGGAAAUGAAGGAGAAAGCAGAGGAAUACUAUGACGAUUCUCUUUAUCCAGAUGUUAUAACAUACACUACUUUGGUGAAGGGAUUUGGAGAUGCGAAGGAUAUGAUAUCACUGCAAGAAAUAUAUCUGGAAAUGAAACUGUGUGACAGCUUGUUCAUUGACCGGACUGCAUUUACAGCAGUCGUUGAUGCUCUUCUAAAGUGUGGUUCAACGAGCGGGGCCCUUUGUGUCUUUGGUGAAGUAUUGAAAAUAAGCGGAGCUAAUGUAGACCUGAGACCAAAGCCGCACUUGUACAUGUCUAUGAUGCGUGCGUUCGCUGUCCAAGGAGAUUACGGCAUGGUUAGAAACCUGUAUCUUCGCCUAUGGCCAGAUUCUUCGGGAAGAAUCUCCAAGGCAGUCCAACAAGAAGCUGAUAAUCUGCUGAUGGAAGCAGCUCUCAAUGCUGGCCAGCUCGACGAGGCCCUUGGAAUUCUAACAAGUAUUGUUAGAAGGUGGAAGGCAAUACCUUGGACGACUAGUGGAGGCAUGGCUGCUGUUCGCCUAGAAGCAUUGUUGGGGUUUUCCAAGUCUAUAUUGCGUCCACAUCUACUCAGUAAGGUUAUACCGAGCGAACCAAUAGAAAGUAUUAUGAUUCCAUUUGAAGCCACUCGGCCACUGCUAGGCACACUGCAGCUGAAGAAUGUGGUCAUGCGGUUUUUCAAGGAGCAAGUUGUGCCAGUUAUAGACGAAUGGGGAAGCUGCAUAGGCCUUUUGCAUCGGGAGGAUUGCAACAAUCUUGAAGCGCCAUUGGUCUCAAUGAUGAGAAGCCCGCCUCCAUGUGUGAGUACAACAACAUCGAUUGGUCGCGUGGUAGAUCUUGUUUUGGAAAAGAAACAUAAGAUGGUUAUAGUUAUUCAUUCUUGUGGGAGCGGUUACAGCUCAAAGGCAGUAGGAGCUUUUACAAGAGCACAAUUGUAUCGGUUGUUUGAACCAGAGCAAAAGCUGCUCUGGUGGAUGUAAGUUAAGUAAUAUCCCUUUUAGGAUGAGUUAAUUUCAAUUGUUAGAUAUUCUUGUCACUUUUGCAUAUAGAGAUCUCUUUUUGGUAAAGACAAGAAAAGAGCAGAGAUGUGAAGCAUUGAUAUGUUCCACACGCAAAACCACAUGAGUCAUUUGUCCAACAUUCGAUGCUAU